AUGCUAUCAGGGAGGCUGACUCGAACGCUGUGGCAGUUGUAAACUAUGUCAACACUAUAUUACUACUUGCUUAUUAUUACUACGAAAAUCUGUUUCUUUGUAGACGUGAAGCAUGCGAUAUUAGUUAAAUAUGGCGGAUUUUCAGUGCUGAAGAACAACUUUUGUGGCCGUUAACGAAAUGUGCGUUCUGCGGUGCUCAAGUCUACGCGUUGAUGUUCAUAAUGACAUCAUUCAUUUAUCAUUCGAUACUAGUAAUCGUCAUGUUUUUAGUAAUUAGUACAAGCAUAACAAAUGCGUGUAACUCAUCUGCGAUCAUUUGCUUUGCUUAUCCAGAUCCCGAGUCUUUAUUAGCCCUUAUACAGACAAAGAUGGCGACUUAUAAACAUAUUACUUGGACGUGGCUAUCAGGCACUGAAAAUUUAGACGCCGCCCAUCGUGAUGAUCUGAAACAAUCCUCGUGUCGUUCGCGUUUAGUUUUUUUCACGCUUGAGUCCCGCGCUUCAGGUCGCAGUGCGACAGCGACACGUUGGUCAGUUGGUCGAGUAGAGCUGCGCUGUACGGUCGUGUUCACUGGCUGUGUCCAAGUCAAUCAGAAAGUCACGAACUGUACGCUCGAGCUUCAAUAAUUUUGGGAAAUUUGAGUUACUUCUUGGAAAUACCUAUAAAAUUUCUUCGUACGAGCCUUACAAAACGUGGAAUUUACGUGGCUAUGAGUAUAUAACGGGUAAGUACUGUAUCUAGUUUAUCAUCAUUACCAUUCAUGGUGAAGCUUUAACCUCAUUUUUUGCGAACCUAAACCUAAGUACGUUAUUGUGAACGUGUGAAGUUAGAAUGUUUUUAUUCUGUCUUCAAUGGGUACAAGUUGCACUGCCAUAAAAAGCCAAGCUAUUCGCAAGUCAACUUCAUCCAUCUGAGCUCGCUAACUUUAUUAAACAAGACGAAUUGUGGGAUCUAUCGGGGAGCGCACGAGCAUGGAUGAAUGAAGUGUGGGAAAAUACGUUUAUUUUUUAGUACAAACUAGAGGAAUGUUUGUAGAAUGUUGACAGGGAUAUACGCGUGAUUCGCCGUAAAAUGGUCAAGUGCCUUCAUAGCUGCACCAGCAUGUAUGUAAAAUAAGUUUUUUAAUGUUAGUUUGUGGACGGCAACGACGUCUUGAGAGAAGCUAUGCAUCAAUUUUUUUUUUCUUAAAUUUUAAAGGGAUUUCCUUGUUUUCUAAAUUUUAUUAGUAUUAAGUUACAUUGUUUGUAAACUUGAACUGUAAAUGAAUGCACGAUUAUUUUUUUCUCCAUUUCAGAUACGAAACUCAUUAACUUAUUUUGUUCCUGCAUUAAUUCAGCCAAACUAGAAGCAACUUGAUUAUGUAUAGGUUUCUUUAACCAAAAAAUUUAUCUGGUAGUGCGCCAUAGCUUCACGAUCUGUUAGUAAUUUCUAGUACUAUUAGCAUUACCAAUUUUCUAAAGAACGAUCUUUUUGACUGGUGUGUAACUAGUAUUAAAAAUAACGGCUCAGUGGUUUGAAGAACGUCGCACUUGUUGAGCACUACUUAAGAAUUAAUUAGCACUACAUAAGAACUAGUGAGCACUACUUAGGAACUAGUUAGCACUACAUAAGAACUAGUUAGCACUACAUAAGAACCAGUGAGCACUACAUAAGAACUAGUGAGCACUACAUAAGAACUAGUGAGCACUAGCUGAGCGUCACUAGAGAAGUGCUAGCGACGAUGGUGCGGACACGCCCUGACGACGACCAGACCGAGUGCCCGGUCUGCCUGGACAAGGUGCGCUUCGGGGCAGAGACUAACUGCGGUCACCUCUUCUGUGGAGACUGCAUCCUGCGCGUGUGGGAGGAGAACGUCAACAGGACAGCCUGCAUCGCCUGCCCCUGCUGCCGUCAGGAUGUGAAGAUGCUGUUAAGCUGCCACAGCUCCGCUGAAAGCAGCGCUACAAGUCGCGCUGUAAUAGAAGAAAGGGAACACAACAAGCAACGACUCGCCGACUACAACAGACUGCACUCCCAUGACGCCUCGUACUGGGACCACGUAAGAGAGCUGCCGACAGUGCUGCGCCACGUGUGGGCGGAGCUCUUCACGUGGGACGGACUUCAGUUCAUCUACAGAAUUCGGAUAAUCCUGUUAAUGGUGGCGGGUUUCCUGUACGCGCUCAUACCCUUUGACCUCCUGCCUGAGGCCGUGCUGGGGAUCAUCGGCCUCCUGGACGACUUCCUUAUAGUGGGCUACCUGCUCAUCCAAAUAUCAGUGCUUUUCAGGAACCAAAUCGCACAGUAGUGAGCCAACUUGCGCUUUUCAUCCGAAACUAUUAUUCAGGUCUCUGAACGCUCGUAAUGCAGUUGGUAAUAACAUUAUAUUACUGGCGACUUGUUAAUGCUAAGAUUUUUGCCCAGAUGCGUUACUUCUUUCAUUGCUCAUUCAGAACUACGUUUUAAGUAUUGGUUCUUGAUUUCUAUGCCCAUUUUGUUGAGUCCCCGCUCGAAUAUCCCUAGCUGUUGCAACCCGGUGAGGUAUUUGAAUUAAAAAUCAACAUCGUACAACACGUUCGAAACAUCGCCCCCACAUAUACACCGUUAAUUUAAAAUUAGUUGAAGCGUCGAUGAAUAUUUAAAAUGACUCAAAAGAUCAUAACGAAGCUGUUUCUGUCACGUUGCGGACCUGUUGGAGGCCUCCUUUUGGAUCGGGAUGACAAAAACUGCUUUUGCUUUUAAAAAGUUUAAUAAAGAUACUUGGGCUCCGAGUUUAGUAGGAAAAACAUCCUGGUGAGCUGAAUUUCUUGGCUUCUCUUUAGGAUAGCAGUAAAAAGUAGUAAUUUUAAGGUGGCGAGGGUUUAAUUAAUUAACUACGUAAUGACAAAACUACGUUGUAAGGCACAUUUUUUAUAAUUUGAUGCUCGUAAAAGAUAAGACUCGAGUGUUUUUUCUUGUAAUGAGAUACGGAUGUAAGUUAUCUUCUCUGAACAUGGCUGUAUGAUUAAUAAAUGUGGCUUAUUUUGAGACACGGAACGUCUCGGAAAUUAAUAUUGUUGUGUGACUGGCGUUGAAUUUAGGUUUACCUUAAGCGACUUGAAAUAUAAUUUCAAAACUUCGCGUAAUUUGGAUAUGAAAAGCGGCAUCUGCACUUAAUAGUUGACCAUUAAAUUCUAGAAUAAAAAUAAGUUAGCCGAGGACAUUCAAUAAUUGUUGUUCAGCUGUGCAGGUUUUAUGGACACACAAAGAUAUAAUGGUAUUGACAGAGAUCCAAAAUUUCAGCUUUUUAUUAAGAUACGAACAAAAGUUAUUUUUUUUUUUGCAUUACAAAUUUAAAUGGGGCAUGAAAUAUAUUUUAAAAUGGAGGACUAUAUUAUGCCUUAGUUUGACAUAAUUAUUCCAGAUGUCCUGCAGUUUUAUUAGUCGUUUUUAUAUACUGACAUAUAGACGAGUUUGAUCCCAUGAAUAUCUUAAAUGAUCCUUCAAGCAAAGCAUUCAGGAUUAACAACUAAAAAACACUUGGUAGAUCAACAUAUGGUUUCCCGACGAACUUUGUGUCCCUGCAAGCUUCUCUCUGACGUUUACCCUGCAACCUAGUGAUACGUUUAGGCUUUUGCUUAUUUUUGUAGCUUCUAUUACUCGUGUGUUGAAAUCCUUAUUAACGAUUAUCCAAAUCUGUAUUGAUUACUUUACUUACUCUAGGCUUAUUGUUCUUCUAAUUCUGGACGACUCUGCUCACAACAUUAUCUGCGAUGUUCGUACUCGCAUUCUUAAGAGAAUAAUUAAUGAGUCGUCUCGUGCGGAGAUGUAACGCUGCUUGCCGCAAGUAACUUUCUGAUUAACUAAACGGGAAGUAGAUUAGAGUAAUUUUUAUUGUUCCGAAGUUGAAAAGUUCUGCAUUGCCAAGUUUUCAUUAAGUGUCUUCCAUAUCAAUCUAACCAUACGAUAUUAUCAAUAAAAUUGAAGGCAACUAGAGUAUAUCUCAAUAAAAUUAAAGGCAACUAGAGUAUACCUUAGGACAACACCUAGAGACACGUGUGUGUGUGUGUGUGUAUAUGUGGUGCUGAACUGUUAGUCAUGCUUUGCGAACCACUGUGAUCUUUAAGAGUUUAUAAAGAAACAAUAAAAAAAUUUUCCUACGAA